AUGUACAAGACGUUGCGCUAUCUCCUUUUCGAGAAUAUACUGAAGAUUCGUCAAAACGGAGGCAAAGUUGUCUACAUACAACAGGUCAAACCUUUGCACGGACGAGUGAUCUGUAUGGUGUUCAUACUAUCUUUCUUUGUGGCGUACAUGGCGAUUACUCUGUCACCACUGGCGUCUGUACACUUCUGUGCAGCUCACUUUUUCUUCUACUUUGGGAGAGCACCUCUUUAUCCAUUCAUCUCGUGGCUAAAUCAACUAUCCAACUAUUUGAUUGGCAUUGUGAACGUGACGGCUUAUACUAUUAUGUUCACCACAAUGUUCAUCAAAGGAAGUCUUACCUUCAAAACCAACAGUGAAAUAAGAAUGACGGCGCAGGCCGCAGUUGUGUCUGUGUUCGAGUUGAUGUUCUUUGUCUACUGGGAAUAUGUGCCAAGUGUUGUCUUGCCGGACUUCUGGCGACGUGCAGUGGACGGCUACUCUAUACUCAUUUAUUACGACGUUCUCAUCUUACCUUACAUGAUAUUUAACAAAAGUAUAAAAACAGAGAUGAAGAAGCUCUUCUGCAAGGACAAUUCCACGACACCGCUCGUGGUAUCCCUGGAACGACCAAAGGGCCUGCAACGUCAAAGUAUUUGA